GGGUGAGAGGUCACGGAGGCGGCGGCACCGGUGCGAGGGCAGCGGAGCCGCGUCCCGGCCCCGGUCAUGGCGGCCCGGCGGCUCCGCGGCGCCCUCCAGCUCGGGGCGCGGCACCGGCUGCGGGCCGCGGCGGCCCCGCCCGGCAGGCACGCGGCCCUGUGCGGCCUCCGGCUCGGCCGGCCGGUGAGCAGCACCGAGGGGGAGCCGCGUCGCCAGCCCAGCCGCUCCUUCCUCAACCUCGCCGGGUCCUUCACCAACAAGCGGAAGGAGUACUCGGAGCGGCGCAUCAUCGGGUACUCCAUGCAGGAGAUGUACGACGUGGUCUCCAACGUGGAGGACUACAAGAACUUCGUGCCCUGGUGCAAGAAGUCGGUGGUGGUCUCCAAGCGGUCCGGCCACGUCAAGGCCCAGCUGGAGGUGGGCUUCCCGCCCGUGCUGGAGCGCUACACCUCCAUCGUCACCCUCGUCCGCCCCCACCUCGUCAAGGCUGUCUGCACGGACGGGCGCCUCUUCAACCACCUGGAGACCAACUGGCGCUUCAGCCCCGGCAUCCCCGGCUAUCCCCGCACCAGCACCGUGGAUUUCUCGAUCUCCUUCGAGUUUCGCUCCCUGCUGCACUCCCAGCUGGCCACUGUCUUCUUCGACGAGGUGGUCAAGCAGAUGGUGGCAGCCUUCGAGCGCCGGGCGGCCAAGAACUUCGGUCCCGAGACCCGCAUCCCCCGCGAGCUCAUGUUCCACGAGGUCCACCAGACGUGAAGGCAGCCCGGCUGCUGCGGACUGCGCCAGGGCCCCGGGGCCGCUCGCCCUGCCCACCCUCUUAAAUAUUUAUUUGAGUGCA